CAGGGUAGAAUGAUGCUGCACUCACAGGAACAAAAACUACGCCAGGGAAUUUACGAAGGCUUCCAUCUCUCUUGGGCUUCGCUUCUCAAUGCUGCUCGUGGCUUCCAAAGCUCCCUCUCGUAUCCUCACACCCCCACUGCAUUGGCCUUUCCCAACGCGAACCUACGUUCGCGGCGACGUUGCACGGCGGGACCUGACAACCGUCGUUAGACGCGUUCACACUUCAUGCCACUACUCGAUUUAGAAUACAAAAUCGGAGGUCGGUGUAUUUUGCAGUAAGGAAGAGGGUCUCGUGCGUCCACGAGGCAAACGGUCCCAGCUCACCGUAGCACACGUCCUAAGUUUAGGGGUUGAUUCAACUUUUAGGGUUAACUCAGGCAUUAUCAAGUAAUUAGGGUGUGAAUCAGUCUGUCUCCACGUAGUGAAAGACUGAAACCUCUGCGCCCAUGGUUUCUUGAGAAGACUCUAGGUUUGUGGAGCUGAAGUGGCGCGAUCGGGCGCCAUUUCGAUUCUGGAUGUUGGUGGGAUUGAAUCGAUUGAGGCGUUCGCAAGUUUCGAUGCGAACUACAGGCGAGAAUCUCACGCCUCUUGAGGGGUUUUGGUAGAAUUUGAAGGUGGGUUAUCAUGCAGGGGGUUCGGGUGCUGGCCCGUGCUCUGGCAUCGGCAGGUCGCCAGCAGCCUGUUUCUUUUCAGACGAAGCUUCAUGCAAGAGAGAGUGGGAUUUUGGAAAUUAUCGAAGGUUUUCCGUGGUGCGCUCAGCAAUGGCGGAAGGGGCUGUUGGGUAGGGACGUGGGAGGGACAGGUGUGCGAUCAUUCGCCUCAUCGCCCCUCUCUCGGAAGAUAGUGGAGUCGCAGCUUCCAGGAGCUAUUUGCAGGUAUCGGCUUUUAAAAACUGCAUUUUGGAAACAGGCUCAAUCUGCCAGUCGCAGCUGCCGGAUGUCAACUAUGUCAGUAGAGGCUGGAUCAAUUAAGGAGAUGGCCCCUCUUGUGAAAGGAGGGAUUUCCAAUCAAAAAACAGUUGGAACAUGGCUUUUUGGUUGCACUGGAUGGGUAUUUAGCAUGGUAGUACUAGGAGGAAUGACACGUCUCACUCGAUCUGGACUCUCGAUGACAGAUUGGAAGUUUGUGGGAAGCUUACCUCCUCUAACUGAAGAACAAUGGCAGAUGGAAUUUUUGAAGUAUCAAUCAUCCCCUGAGUAUAAGAGGGUAAAUAAGGGGAUGAGUCUUAAUGAGUUCAAAUUCAUCUUCUGGAUGGAAUAUGCGCAUCGAAUGUGGGGUCGGGCUUUGGGCAUCGUUUUUGCUGGCCCUUUUGCCUACUUCGUUCUCCGAGGUUACAUAUCACAGCGCCUAGGGCUGAGACUUUGUACCUUGAUGACCAUGGGAGCUGCUCAAGGCUUUGUUGGAUGGUGGAUGGUUCAGAGUGGGCUUGAGGAGCCAGAGACAGAGUACAUACAGCCUAGAGUUAGCCCCUACAGGCUUGCUGCCCACCUCACAUCAGCUUUUGCCAUUUAUUCAGGCCUGUUUUGGACUGCCCUUUCAGUGGUAACCCCUCAUUCCACUGCUUCUGGGGAAGCUGCAAGGGCUGCCAUGAGGGUAAGGCGGUUAGCAGUUCCUGUGGCUGCGCUUGUCGGCAUUACCGCUGUUUCAGGAGCUUUUGUAGCUGGAAAUGAUGCAGGACAUGCAUACAACACGUUUCCGAAGAUGGGCGAUACUUGGAUACCCGAAGGCUUAAUGGACAUGAAACCCUUUUUCCGCAACUUUUUUGAGAACACAGCUACGGUUCAGCUGGAUCAUCGUAUAUUGGCCACCUCAACGUUAUUCAGCAUUGUGGGAAUGUGGGCGGUUACUCGCAAGUUGCCAGUGGAUCCGCGCGUUCGUACUCUGUUGAAUGCCACCUUUGGAAUGGCUGCCCUUCAAGUGACUCUUGGAAUCUCAACGUUAUUGAUGUAUGUGCCGGUUUCUUUGGGAACAGCUCACCAAGCUGGAGCUCUUACUCUUUUUAGUAUUGUACUGAGCCUCGUGCAUGGCGUCCGCCGGCCGCUGCCAGGAUUCAUUUCUGCUUCACAGAUCUCUGGGCAAGUAAUGUCUCUUCAUAGACUUGUUAAAUAGCUGGUAGCCAAUUAACCAGGUGAACUACCCCUUCGGAGGGGGGGACAUCAUCCCCGCACUUGGACUCCUGGGUGAACACACUGAAAUGAUCUGCUCUUCCGCUUGGUUUACAAACAGGAAAUGUUAUAUGGUUAGGUCGAUGGAAUUCACAGGAAGAGUAAACAAUGAGGUAUAUCAUCUGUCCAAUAAAUGGUACACUUGUGCCUUCUGCUAUCCCACAA